GGAGUCCGCAGCAGGUGUUAAUGAAGGCAUAAUAUGUGCUGACAUUGCUGGUCGCUUGGGAUGCAAAGCUCCACUGGGGCCAUGUCAGAGAGAGAAGAGCGGAGGUUUGUGGAGAUCCCUCGGGAGUCAGUUCGGCUCAUGGCAGAGAGCACAGGGCUGGAGCUGAGUGAUGAGGUGGCAGCUCUGCUCGCUGAAGAUGUGUGCUACCGUCUCAGAGAGGCCACACAGAAUAGCUCUCAGUUCAUGAAACAUACCAAACGGAGGAAGCUAACAGUAGAGGACUUCAACAGGGCUCUCAGGUGGAGCAGUGUGGAGGCUGUGUGUGGCUAUGGGUCCCAGGAGGCACUGCCCUUGCGUCCAGCAAGGGAGGGUGAGCUCUACUUUCCAGAGGACCGAGAAGUGAACCUGGUGGAGCUGGCACUGGCCACCAACAUCCCCAAGGGCUGUGCAGAGACGGCUGUCAGAGUUCAUGUCUCCUAUCUGGAUGGCAAAGGAAACCUGGCACCUCAAGGAUCAGUGCCCAGUGCAGUGUCUUCACUGACAGAUGACCUUCUCAAAUACUACCAGCAAGUGACACGGGCUGUACUGGGGGAUGAUCCACAGCUGAUGAAGGUCGCCCUCCAGGACCUGCAGACAAACUCCAAGAUUGCAGCACUUCUGCCUUACUUUGUUUAUGUGGUCAGUGGGGUGAAAUCUGUAAGCCAUGACCUGGAACAGCUGCACCGACUACUGCAGGUGGCGCGGAGCCUGAUACGGAACCCACACCUGUGCUUGGGGCCCUAUGUCCGAUCCCUGGUGGGCAGUGUGCUCUACUGUGUCUUGGAGCCACUGGCCGCCUCCAUCAACCCUUUGAAUGACCACUGGACUCUUCGGGAUGGGGCUGCCCUUCUACUCAGCCACAUCUUCUGGACUCAUGGGGACCUUGUAAAUGGCCUCUAUCAGCAGAUUCUGCUCUCCCUGCAGAAGGUCCUGACAGACCCUGUUCGGCCUCUCUGUUCUCACUAUGGGGCUGUGGUAGGGCUGCACGCUCUAGGCUGGAAGGCAGUAGAACGAGUCCUGUACCCACAUCUGCCCACAUACUGGACAAACCUGCAGGCGGUGCUGGAUGACUAUUCCGUAUCUAAUGCCCAAGUCAAAGCAGAUGGGCACAAAGUCUAUGGAGCGAUUCUGGUGGCCGUAGAGCGACUACUGAAGAUGAAAGCCCAGGCAGCAGAGCCCAGCCGCGGUGGCUCUGGCGGGAGACUGUGCCAUCGUGCGGAGGACUUGCCUUGGGACAGCCUUCUCCUCCAAGAGUCUCCUCCGGGGGGCGGCGCCGAACCAGGCUUUGGGUCUGGUCUCCCGCUGCCGCCAGGAGGCGCGGGGCCAGAGGACCCUUCUUCCUUGACCCUGGCAGACAUCUACCGUGAGUUGUACGCCUUCUUCGGUGACAGCUUGGCCACUCGCUUCGGCACUGGCCAGCCCACGCCCACGGCCCCGCGACCACCCGGAGACAAGAAGGAGCCAGUGGCCGCCCCGGACUCGGUGCGGAAAAUGCCGCAGCUGACCGCUAGCGCCGUGGUCAGCCCGCAGGGGGACGAGAGCUGUGAGGCUGCCGCCCCUCCAAGAAUAAAUCCGCACCAGGAAGUGACGUGUCUGUGCUCGUGGGCGGGGCUUGGGCGGUUGGCUUCCUGGUGUCCUGUGCGCCAUGGCGCUCACCUGGUUGCAGCGAGUUGAGCUCGCGCUCUUCGCUGCCGCCUUCCUGUGCGGUGCUGUGGCGGCCGCGGCAGUGACCAGGACCCAG